AUGGACACCAGGGACAGCACUCACUCCCGACCUUACCCAAAGGAUACCGAAGAGACUGUUUUGCUUCAAAGCACAAACCGAACAAGCAGGAAGGAGAUUUGUGUGCUUCUUUCAACGGGAUGCGCGCGACUUUGGAGUACCAUUAUGCAGAGAUGGGAAGGCGUAGAUUCUGUUCGACACUGGAGCGGACGUUCAUUCAUCAGUGAGGCCUUGGCUCAACGCAUUUGUCUCACAUACACGACAUCCCAAAAAUUGCGAAUGCGUACAUUUGGCACUGAAGAGCCAAGCACUACGCUCCGUAAGCUUACGACGGUAGACAUUUGGAACAUGGAAGGACGCAAGUAUCCGAUGCAACUCUCCACAACACCCAUAUUAAGAGGUACGGUAAAGGCUGUUCACCUGACACCAGCAGACCAGACCGGAUUGGUAAUGGUGAAUAGUUUCACAAAGCUUGAGGAAGACCUGGAACGCUCGGACAAAUACUGGGCUAUGAAGUCGUGGGGAAGUUGCGAAUUCAUGGGCACGAAGGACGCAGAGAAGAAGGCAUCGACGAACUCCAAGCAAGAAAUUCUUCAAAAACCGAGUGACUCAAAGCAGAUUUUCAAGGCAGAGUUAAGGAAGAAUCUGCGAGAACUUCUCGCUAAUGACCUCUCGCUGUCUGAAGAGCUGCUCGAAGACGUAUGA